AUGGCUUCCCUCGUGCCGGCCAUGAAGAGGCAACUCCCUCGGGCAGUUGCCCAGACUGCCCGGAUGUCUUCAAGGCAGUUUGCAACGACCACACGACUGCUACGACAAGGUCCUGGAACCGGCGAGAACUUCGAACAAGCCAAUGACCCUUCUGGCCGAAAGCUGACCCCCAAUGUAUCCGAGACAAACGAGAUGCCGGUUUCUGCGAGGGGCAAUCGAGAUGCGCCCCUCCAAGAGAUGGUGCCAGAGGCAGAGAAAGCCAGAGUGUUGCAGGCUCCGAACAGGGAAAAGCCAUGGUCAAGGAGUCAAAUGCCCAGAGAGUUGGCAAUGACAGGUCCAAGAUUUGAACAGACAAUCAUGGAAGCUCAGCCCCGGCCCUUCGCUGCAAUCGAGCUCAUUCACAAACAACCCGUCCGCUGGGUCAAGGACAGCAGCGUGGCCUGUGACGGUGGUGGUGGGCCAUUGGGCCAUCCACGGAUCUUUAUCAAUUUGAAUAAACCUGAGGUUUGCUGGUGCACGUACUGUGGUCUACCAUAUGCCAAGGAAGAACACAAGAAACAUCUCGAAUCGUUACCAUCGACGUCAUAUCCUCUUGCACCAACGGGCGAUCCAGCACAAGUCCAAAUGCCGGCUACACCUAGUCAAAAGGGCGAGAUCCAGGGUCAUUAUCCGCUGUUGAAGGGCGAGCAUCAGGCAGAGAGUGUAGGUACAGAGUCAUUCGAGCAGAGAUGA